UCUCCAUCACCGACGUCUCUUGUCUUGGCAACAACUUUCUUGUUACUAUUUAAACCGAAGUCGUGGAAGUUUAGUUUAAAGGCAGCUGAGUGGAUUACUGCUCUAUAAUCUCUCUCCCUCUCUUUAUAAAUAUAUAUACAUAAUCUCUAUCCCUCUCUGCCACUUUUUCUUUCUCUCUCUCCUCUCUAUCUCUCUAUAUAUACAUUCUAUAUACAUUAUAUACAACAGUCGGACUGUGUACACAAAGCUAAACUUUACUGUCUUUCGUCAAAAAACGAAAAGACAAUACGAAACAGCACACACACCCUCACACACACUCACAUACAUACUCGGUCACGACCAAAAUUUACAAAAGCAUCAUAAAAAUCAACUUUAAAAAAACAUAAACAACCAUUACAACAAAAACACAAAAAAAACAAACAGGCCCAACGAAUAAUUGUUUACGACACUUAAUUGUUUAUUUACAAAGCAAAAAUUAAUUAUCUAAAAAUAUUAAUAAUUAACUAAAAUACAUAUGUUUAAUAAGUUCCAUCGAAGACACAUAGAUCUCUGAAUAACUAUACCCUUAUCUUCGUCUUUUAAUCUGUUUUCAAUAACAUGUCCCAGUAAUUCACACGAGUACAAAACAAACACGCUCUCAGUCAAAAAACAUACACGCAAAAAGCAAGAAACAAAAACAAAAAAAUUUAAAUACGUGCGGGCUGAAAGACAGUAAAUAUUGAAUUGACUAACGUUCAAUACACGCGUGAUAGAUAGAAGUUUGCUGAUCUUCUUUGAAUAUUACUAUUAUUAUUAUUAAUAAUAGUAUUCAUACUUAAUUCAGAAGCAAGUUUACUAUAGAUCCAGAACAAUGUUACAACUGUGCAACAAAACAUACCAGAAGUGUUUGGUAUGGACGAUUGCAAUCCUUCUCCUCACAGUUCAUAUCAGUGAACAGAGUAGUCCAGGAAUGAAGAGGAAAAUAGACUGUCGGAAGUAUAUAUAUGCACCAAGAUGUCGAGGUGUCGGUGCCAAAAGAUCAUUCCCAAUGACGAACUUUCAAGACAAAGAACGAGAUGUUGGCAAUUCUGAACACAGCGAUCGAGAUGUCUUACUUAAUUACCUCCUCUCCAAAGGAGAAGGCAGGGACCCGUACUAUAACACCAGAAGUUAUUCAGAUGAGCCAACACGUUACUGAUAAUAGCUGACCAUUCUAACAGAAUCAUACAAGAAUGAACUCAUUGACAUUUCUCUAUAGGCUAUUGGUAAUAAUCAUCAUGAGAAAACAUAUCCAACCUCUCAGUGGAAUCAAAAAUAUUAACUUUUUAAACUGGGAGAAAUUAACGAAAUCUAUCCCAGCUUUUUGCUGCUCUUGUAUUAAGAUGUAUUCGGUAUGGAAAUAUUUUUGGAUGCGUAUUCGUGGAAUUCAAAUAAACAAGAUAUCAAUAUAAAGAUAAAUCAUAUGAGCAUAUAA